GUUUCUUCGCUGGUCCUUGUUUUUGUCGAGAUCCCGCUCCUUCUUCGAAUUUGCCCUACGUCGUCCAAGUUUGACGCGUUCAUCCGUCGAUUCACUACAAACUAUAUGAGAGCAGCAAUAUAUGGGAUCCUGUCGGUGGUCCAGUGGCUCAGCUUGAUCAUCGACCCGAGCAGCUUGAUCGCUUCAGCUGUUGUCCUGGCAGCUGCAGGCGCAUGCUAUGCUCUAGCAGGGUUCAAGCAGCAAGACUUUGUGGGAAGCAAGACGCUGGGUGGACAGGGCGUGGCGCAGAUGAUUGUCUGA